AUGUCCUCGGCCGGCGCUAACUUCGAAGCAACCAAUCCCGAAGAGUUCAAGAAAAUGAUCACCACAUUCCGCGAAACCAUGGUGAAAAAGUGCAAACCUCUGCCCGGAGAUCCUGACUACUUCACUUCUGACCUCAUCCUGACGGAUUUCCUGCGGGCUCGCAAAUACAAGUUGGACGCUGCCAUCGAGAUGUUGACAGCAGCAGUUGAAUGGAGGCGCCAGUACCAACCGCUCAAGGUCGACUGUCAGUUUUGUCACGAGAAACCAGGAUUCCAUUGCAUACGACAAAUCGGCCACGACAAGUUCGGUCGGCCCGCGCACUACGCCUGUUUCGCCCAGGCCUCCGCCACCAGAAACCACGCCGACGACACCAUCGCCCACUGCGUCCAGCUGCUCGAAAAUGCGCGCCUCACAUUCAAACAGUCGGCGACCCAGGUGGUGUUCAUCUUCGAUUGCACAGGCAAGUGUACAUCCGCGCGAUAUCUGCUCACCCCCACCCACUCCCUGUUAGCUGACUACAAAGAGCACUUUGGGUAUGUGGGUGGUACAACACUGAAGGGCAUGACAUUGCCCUGCUGCAAUCCCAACCUCGGCAAGAAGGUGAUGCACGUGUUCGCCAACUACUACCCUGAGCGACUGGGAGCAGCCAUCAUCGUCAAUCACAAAUCGAUAUUCCAAUCGAUUUGGAGGGCCAUCAAGAAGUUCCUCGACCCGGUGACAGCCAACAAGAUGAUGUUCUUGAAGGACAAGCAAGUCGCUUCGGGUCUGCGUGAUUACUUCGACGAGGCCACCGCGAAGUGGCUGGAGACGGAAAUCGCGCUGAACCGCGACAUCACCGAGGCGCAGCUGCGGUUCUGGGAGAAGCCGUCGUCGAGGAUCAGCGAUCACGAUCCGCGAGGCUCGCCGGCCUACAUCAAAGAAUUCAUCGACACCACACCACCGAACGGCUACAAACCACAUCCAAAUAUCACGGAUCUGCAGACAGGCAAGCUGGCGGCCGGCUACCAGGUCCAAUUGAAGCCAACCAAGGGGCAGGAUAAAAUCGAUAAAAAUCAGCUGUUUGAGUACGGGAUCGAUAGUGAAGACGUCGUAGAUGAUAGUGACAGCACCGACUUUUAA